AUGGUCUCCGACGACACCUACGAGCUAUGUCUCCCCAUUCUACAAGACACCGACCUAGAGGAGGAGGAUAAGACCGAUAGACUAGAAGAUCUCCUCAAGAAAGAGACUAAGCUGGAGGGAUCGAGUCUCGAGAAUGCCGUACUCGACGUCUUGUGGAGACACCGUGAGGGCGGCGGCGUCGCUGCCUCUCCUCCUCCCAUACGACAGACAAUCCUACGCCGACCCUCGCCCGCCUCGUGGAGGGGCUCCGCGACUCCCGCAUCAGGCUCCCCUCGCCUAGGUGUGAGCCCCUUGGCUCCUCCGGGUUUUGUCCCGACGAGUCUCAGCCGGACCAAGUCAUCGACCGUGUCCCCCUUUUCCUCGCCGCGCCCGUCCCCACGACUGGCUUUUGCUGCGCCCGUGAUUCCGCAUAGCCCGAGUCUUAACGCCUACGAGUUCGCGAAUGAUACAAGUCCGGCGCAGGAGAUUUAUGGCGAGCUUCAGUCGGAGAACGUGGACUGGCUCGUGAGUGACGAUGCCCUCAGCAUCACGUCCGUUGGCCCGUCAAGCGGGCUGAACGCCGCUGUACCCGAGUUCGUGUCUACACAGCAGAACGACAUGACUCCUUAUGACAUGCUGCGCUCUAUAUUAGGCCAGACCAAGACCGAUGAUGAGAUCGAGGCGGCUCUGGCCGUCCACGGCUACGAUCUAAGUGCCACCAUUGCUGCCAUCAUGGAUUCCCAGGGCCAGGAUUCCACCAACGCUUCAAACUUGACUCCUGAGGCCAAGAGCAUCCUUAUUGGCAAGUCCAUGACUCCUGAUAACCGGCCGGCAACACCAUCGGGUCAGCAGAAGCCAGGCAUCAUUUGCAAGUUCUACCUGUCUACCGGACAGUGCCUUCGCUCAGACUGCCGCUUCAGUCAUGAUCUGAGCAACCAUAUCUGCAAAUACUGGGUAAUGGGCAACUGCCUCGCAGGAGAAACUUGCAUAUUUUCGCACGACCCGGCGCAUCUGAUGAAUCGACUCAAUGUUGACGAAAGUAGCACUCCUCCAACCAAGAAUCUCUCAGUCACCGAUUUCAACUCUGCCUUCCCAUCGCUGAGACCAGCUACGCCGGAGCUAAAUCCCUUUGCUCCCAGCUUUAACUUCUCUCCUGCUGGCAUGACCCCUCCUCCUGGAUUGCGACCCAUGCACAGCUACAAUGGCAACGAUGGGGCUCGCCCAAGGUCUCGACCUGGUAGUCGCCAACAAGCCAAGGAUAACAUGGCUGCACUUUCUAUCGAUGACAAUGACGCUUUUCCCUCUCUGGGCUCUGCUUCUUCGAAAAGUAACAAGAAGCACCAUGGCAAACGCGGUGGCCAUGGCCACAAAGAGAAUUAUACUCCCAGCUCUUUAGCUGAUAUUGUGAAGAUGUCACCAUCGCCAUCGCCUGCACCUGGUCCCGCUCGACAAGACAAGAAAAUUGGACGCAACGGCAGUGCGACGAACAUUAAAAAUGGCGAAAACAGUGCCGCUGCUCAGGCUAUCCCUAGUCCAAAGCAUAUUCCCUGGCUCGAGACCGGGGACAGGGCCAACAAGGCCUAUUUGAAGGCUCGGCAGGAGGCCAUCAAGCAUGGUGGUCUCCGCAACAAAUUUCUGCAAAGCGCUGCUCAAGCUUGGAACCGAAAUGAUGCCCGUGCAGCAAAGGCUCUCAGCCUUCGCGGCCAGAGUGAAAAUGAACUGAUGCGGAAAGCUCACCGCGAAGCUGCUCGAGAGCUUUACGAGGAUCGCAACAAGCAAAUCACAGGCUCUGAAAUUUAUGUCGAUCUGCACGGUCUCCACCCUGAAGAGGCCGUCGAAUAUCUAGAGCGGGUUCUGCUUGACAAUAGUAAGGAGAGCAGGCCAGUCUAUGCCAUCACUGGAACCGGCCAUCAUAGCAAGAAUGGCAAGGACAAGGUAGGCAAGGCCAUCAGGAACUUUUUGAAUGAAUGGAGAUAUGCAUAUCGGGAAUUUUCUGUUCCUGGUGACCGUAACAAUAUGGGAGGUAUCCUGGGCGUUGAUGCUAGGAGUUACGACAAGUCUCUGGCUAGAGAAGGAGGCAGUAACACCAAGGAGCAGAAAGAGGAAGUCAAGGAGGAGAUUGAUAUUCUCAGUCAGGGUGUUGAGAUUGGAGAUGGCAAGGUUCGUCUCCUUGUGCGGGACCCUCCCAAGGGACCCAGUGGCAACAGGAGUAGAUGA